UCCGGGUGUCCAUGCUUGCGAGGCCUGGUCAUACCUAAAGGAGGGCAAUUGAUGGGUCAGAAGAAAGGCCAGUGUGCAAAAAACCAUCGGGCAAGAGGCAUAGGGAAAGAAGGGCAUUACGAAAGGUUAGGCGUCCGGAAGGAGGAGAACGCCUAGAGACAAAAAGGCAUCAGGGAAGCGGGGAAAGGGAGACAAGGCACUGAAAGAAAAACGAAUAGGUCGUGAAAGAGGGUGGAGUGUGUGCGUGUGUGUGUGUGUGUGUGUGUGUGUGUGUUUGUGUGUGUGUGUUUGUCUGCGUGCCACAGAGAGAGAGAGAGAGAGAGAGAGAGAGAGAGAGAGAGAGAGAGAGAGAGAGAGGACAUGGGGAUCGUAGACGAAGCUUCUAUGGGUGAAGAGCCUCGUUUGGAGAGGUCCUUCAGAGGGCAUCGAGACUGCGUGACUGGCGUUGCGUUCAAUCGCAACAUGAAGCAGUUGAUUUCUUGUUCCUUGGACGGCUGCGUGAUGGUCUGGAACUUCAAGCCACAGCUGCGAGCCUUUCGUUAUGGCGGCCACAAGGCCCCCGUUUGUUCUGUGGCCUUUUCUCCCUGCGACGAGCUCAUUGCCUCCGGCUCCCGGGAUCAGACGGUGCGAAUUUGGGUCCCCACCGUUCAGGGCAAAUCAACCGUCAUCAGGGCUCAUUCUGGCACCGUCCGCACCGUUUCGUUUAGCGGCAACGGUCGGUUUCUGUUAUCGGGCUCCGACGACAAGACGCUGAAGGUGUGGUCCAUGCACCAGAGGGGACAGUUGAAAUUCCGGCAUGCCCUGAUAGGCCACAUAAACUGGGUAAAAUCGGCAGAUUUCAGUCCAGAUGGGAGGUUGGCAGUUUCUGGGGGUGAUGACAAAACCGUUCGGAUCUGGGAUGUCGAGGGCCACCAAUGUCUGCACGCCUUUGAUGAUCACUAUGGCAUUGUUAAUGGGGUGAACUUCCAUCCUGACGGGACCUGUGUGGCCUCCGCAUCCAACGAUCAUUCCAUCAAGAUUUGGGACAUAAGGUGCAACACCUUGGUGCAGCAUUAUGGGGCCAACAGAGCCGCGGUCAAUUCCGUGAACUUCCAUCCUUGUGGGAACUUCCUUGUUUCCUCCUGCAAUGAUGCCUCGCUCAAAGUGUGGGACUUGAGAGAAGGACACCUAUUCUACACUCUCAACGGACAUGAAGGAGCUGCUACUUGUGCGACUUUCUCUCCUAGUGGAGACUAUUUCGCCUCGGGGGGUGCAGAUGAAGCAGUCCUGGUUUGGAGGGCCAGCUUCGAUAGAUGUAUGGAGGACUACGUCAUGUCGAGCGCAAGACUCGUUGGCCAGAGGGACAGGGGCCGCAGAGAGCAGAGGAACAGCAACAUAGACAGGGAUAUCAAGCCACCCAACGAUUGCAGUCAUAUCAAAGGCAGUCUAAGGCAGGUUGGGGGUUCUCAUCUUCUGCUUUCGAAGUCGGGCAAGAAGAUUAUGAUGGCGUCUUCUGCGCCUAGCCACCUCCAGCAGCCAUCCCUACCCAAUGGUGGAACAGUAGGUGAAGCAGCAGCAACAAGAGGUGGCUGCGAAGUUGGGGGAGGCGAAAAGCUGCUAUUUUUCGGGGAUGGACCAGACUGGAGGUUUUCGAGGCCCACGAAGCAGCAAGCUGCCAAAAUGAUGACAUCUGCUGCGAGUAAUAACUUCAAGGGCUCUUCUCUUUUUCCCAAUGGUGUAUGUGAUGAGAAGGUAGUCGACUCGACAGCGCAGCCGCUGCCUGCGUUUCAGCCUGCUAGAGGAUUAGAUAUGAUGGGGGACCUGUCGUCUAACAAUGCGGCAACCGCGGAAGAGUGUUUUACUGGAACCUUGCAGCGGAUGGUUGGCCAGAUGGACGUGCUCACUCAGACCAUAGCACUUAUUGAGGAACGAAUGACCAUAAACGAGGACAAAAUGCGGCGUGUGGAAGAUAAGCUAGCAUCCAUCCUCGACCAUCUGGUUUCGACAAAAUCGGAGCAAGUUGUGGGAACUGCAGCUGUGGGAGGGGCAACUGUACUAGGCCAGAAGGACACAUUUGGCGGCAGCAGCAGCAGCAACCAUGUCAAUCAUCCUCUCCACUUGCAGGACCUGCCAACCUCACCUUUGCAAGGCGGAAAGGGAAAGCAGCAGCUUGGUGGCGUCCUAAGGAUGCUGAAGGCCAGUUACGGAAGAAGAGAGAGCGUGGAGGAUGGUGGAAUUAUGAGAGGUUGUGAAUGCAAGGCUGACUCGCGGGUCAGCCCUCCCGCUCCACUGGGUGCGACCACUACUUCUGCCGCAGCUGCAGCUGCGGCUGCGGCUGGAACCGAGGGAGAACGUCCAGCACCCCGUGUGCUAGGGAUGCUAAAUGCCAGUUUCGGAAGAAGAGAUAGUGACGAGGCUGCGGCUCGAACCGAGGGAGAGCAUCCGGCAGCCACUGUCCUGGGGAUGCUGAAUCCCAGUUUAGCUAGAAGAGAUAGUGACGACGCUGCGGCUGUGGCUGCAGCUGGAACGGAGGGAGAACGCCCGGCAGCCAGCAUCCUAGGGAUGCUGAAUGCCAGUUACGGAAGAAGAGAUAAUGACGAAGAUUGCGGAAUCAGGAGAGGUUGUGAAAGCAAGGCUGACUCGCGGGGCAGUCCUCCAGCUCCACUGGGUGUGACCACUACUGCUGCGGCAGCAGCUGGAACCGAGGGAGAACGUCCGGUAGCCACACAAACCAAUGGAGACAUGGGUAGGAUAUCAGAUAGGGUCGUCCCGGGUGGUUUUUCUCAGACAUUUGACUGGGAUAAAGCAAGCAAACUGCUGUAAGGGACGCUGGGCCCGAUUCCCAGCACGUGCUGCUCCCCAGCACGUGCUGCUCCCCACGAGUAAGAUUGGAGCCACCAUACAGGUGGAGCCUUCAUUAGGCUUGGGCUUUUAUCCUUCGCCUGAUAAAGGACCACCUCCCAG